AACGUUUGGGGAAAUUAGUUUUCUGCUCUGUAGAUUUUACGGAAAUUUUCGUAUUGCAAUAAACAAUAAUUUUCCAAUUUUCUUCUUAAGAAAACAUGCGAAUACAUUAAAAUUCACUCUUUUCUUAACACAAUAAAGUGCAAAUUGUGAAGUAAACAAUAAAGCUAAAGAAAACCAAUUGAAAACAUGGACAACUAUGGCAAUGAAAUUAAUCAGAAAAUGAGAAGUGCCGUCAAGGCAAAGUUGGUGGAACUGGGUACUGGAGGCUCUUCUGGUUACAUAGACGAUGAGUUGCCAGAUUAUGUUAUGAUUAUGGUGGCCAAUAAGAGAAGCAAACAGCAAAUGAUAUCCGACCUAAAUUUAUUUUUAGACAAUCAAACUGAAUUAUUUGUAACCUGGUUGCAUGAGGUAUUGCAAAAACUGCAAGAAGUAACACUGCCAGCCGCCAGUGCCUCAUCCAAAAAACGUAAAUCCUCACAAAAAGAAGACUCUGUUUCCGCUCCGAAUGCAAGCGGAGCUAAAAAAGAUAAAAAGCAAGCCAAAAAAGAUAAAAUUUUACCGUCAAAGAAACCGAAAGAAGGCACAUCCUCUACAACUCCCGAUAAGACCUCCUCUAGUAAAGUUGUAAGUUCAAUAACCGAUCUUGUUGCUGGUGAACUUUUGGAGAAAGCCAAACAAAGCAUUAAUGCUACAGCAGAUGCCACACAAAAUAUAAAAAAAUCCAAACACAAGCGAUCAUCGGAGGAGCUCAACAGCACCUCGACAAACCCAAACUCUGAAACGCAAAAAGAAUUUGAUAUACCCACAAUAUCGGAAAUAUCGUCUACCACAGGUGCAAGUACCCAUGCAGAAACUACCAAAGAAACGGCGGUUGUGUCGGGAAAUAGAGAAAAGGAUUUAGCUGAAUUGGCAGAGAUACAAAAGAAAAUUUAUGCGGCCAAAAAACAACUAAAACAAAUUGGCGAAAUAGAAGAUGACGAUGAAGAUUUCCUAAAUUUGAGAGAUGAAGACAGCCGUGAGGAGUUCAAUGAGGCUGGUGAUUUGGUAAGGAAGCCAUCGGUAACUCCGCCUCAAAAUUUACAAAAGCACAAAGAAAAAAGUCCUAUUGUUUUUGAGGGCGAGAAAACCAAACAUCGUGGUGAUGACGAUGAGGAAGUAUUUGCAUCAAAGCGAAAAAGGUUUACACCUCCUCCUCUUAAUUCUGCGGCGACAAAUGUGAUCUUUGAUUCGUCUGCCAAAGAUGAGGCGGCAGAAUUUCGCAAUGAAAAACGGUCCGUGCAUCAACGAUUAGGUAUGAAAAAUAACUCAUCGUCAUCAAGAGAGAAUACCAAAACUGCACAGCCUUUAGCCCGGGAAAGAAGACGAAAUUUACAGGAACAGGAACUAUAUGUGCCGGCAUUUCGUCGCAAAGAAAUGGAACGAGAGCGUGAAAGAGGUCAAGAACGUAGUCAUGAAAGAGAGAGGGAACGUGAACGAAAUCAGGGUGGUGAUCGGGGUCGUGAAAGGGAACGAGAGCGUGAACGAAGCGACAGAGAUAUUGAUAGGCCUAGAGACCCCGACCACAGUACAAAUUUAACACGGGGUCGACCUCGUGUACGCCGCUCUUUCGAAGAACGCGAUAAAAGACGUUCCACUUCGGAGAAUCACAAUGAAGAACGUAAUUCAAGUCAAGUAGGCAAAAUAAGCACUACAACGCCCUCUACCACAAAUCGAGCACGAAGCAGCAGCAAGGAUGAAGCCUCGCCCGAUGUUAGCGGCACGCGUAAGCGUAUCGGUUCUAGAGUAAUUGUUGCCCCCUCUAAACCCGCUGAAAUCUCCGAUGAAGAUCUCAUUGAUAAACCGGUCAAUUCGGUUAUUAAAAUAAAGCCACGACCUCCCGUCUCGCCCAGCAAACAAGCUCCGAAAAAUCUACUUUUAAGGGCAGUUGCCGAAGCUCAAAGGUCAACAAUACUUAAGAAACCCUCUGCUAACACCAAACCCAAAGUUUCUCUACGUUUGGGCGACAAAAUUAAUGCUCAGCGCAAUACAAAACUCUAUACGAAAUCCUUCAGAGAUCGUAUUAAAACGGCCGUUAGUGUGGGUGCGCUUUUCACACGCACCACUAAGAACAUAAUAGUGGAAGUAAAUGAUAAUUCGGUAUCAGAAAAGCCAAAAUUUAAUUCAGCUGCAGCUUCUUACCACAAUGUGGUUGAAAAUGAGGAAUAUAUACCAGAAACUAUAUCGGAUAGAGGUGAUUCUGAUCAGGAUUAUGUUUAUGUGCCGCAGGCGAUUCACCAACAACAGGCCAGUGAUGAUGAUGAACUCAAUGAAAAUCUUGGAGAUCAUACAAAUGAUGAAGAUGAAAUUCAAGAAAAUGUACAAAAGACACAAUUUGUUGUGACUUUAAAUGAAAAUAAGGCUUUACCGAAAUUGAAACGUCAUAAUCUAACACGUUAUUCACGUUCCCUAUCGCCACCACCUCAAGUCUCUUCAUCCUCAAGCAAUUCAAAAGACCGUGAAAAAUACCCAGAACCUACAUCUACUUCAAAUCCCUCUGUCACGUCUCGCAAGUCCAAUAUUAGGGAAAGACUCUCCAUGAAAUCAUCCUCUUCAUCCAACGAACGCCGGUCCUCGUCGUUAAUGCGUCAAGAAGCCAGCACAACACCGCCACCCAAACGUACUGAAUUCAUAGAAAUCUAUCGUAAACCUAAAGAAAUUAAAAAGAUUAUUAUAAAAAAUGACUCGGAAGACGAGGAACUGGUUCCCUCGAAAAAACAUUCACCCGAAAAGGAACGUAAACUAAAGCGCCGUAGUAAUGAGUCACAGCCACCAUCACAAUCUUCCCAUGACAGAGAACACAAAUCGGUUGAAAAUCGUUCAACAACACCACCCCUAAAGGAGCAUUAUAAGGAACGGCACAAGGAAUCAUUGACACCCUCCAAACGCAAGCAUGUACCCAUUAAGUUUGAUUUGAAAGAAGCUAAAGAUUCUAGAAACGCAAGAGAAAGUCCGGUGCCCAACAAAAAAAGGCGUUCCUUGAGUCAUGACAAUGUCAGCAGGGAUCACAGUCGUGAUAGAGAUAGAGAGUGGGAACGAGAUAGGGACCGUGAGAGACACUCGUCACUGGAUAGAAGGGAAGAGAAACACAAAAUUUCUAUACGCAAUGCAGAGGCCAAAAAAUAUGAUAAUAUUCCAACAUCAUUGAAUUCUGUACCAGUGGAUUCGUCUGGCUCAUUUCGCAAUAGCAAACCCAAGGAACGUUGCAAAUAUCAUCCAAAUUGUACAAAAUCUUUCUGUGAAUUUUAUCAUCCCACGUCUGUAUGUAAAUCUUUUCCAAAUUGCAAGUUUGCCGAUAAAUGUCUAUAUUCGCAUCCCAGAUGUAAAUAUGAUUUGGCGUGUGUUAAUUUAGAUUGCAAUUUCUCACACAGUGGUCCCAGAAGUGCCAGUCUAUUGGAGCCCACAGCACCGCCAAUUUCUUCAUCUGUAGUGCCGGUGCAAAAUUACAAAUCAAUAUCAUCAACAGCGAUAACGGGCCCAGUUUCGUCCACAACAUGCAAAUUUUUCCCCAAUUGCACAAAAACUAGUUGUCCUUUUUAUCAUCCCAAGCCGUGCCGUUAUGGCAAGAACUGUAUUAACAAACUGGAAUGCUUGUAUUAUCAUCAUGAAAUACCCAGCAGCAGUAAAUUUAAAUGGAUUGCUUCGGCCAACUGAUACUGCUGCUCUCUGACACUGCUAAACUAAAUAAUUUACAUUGGGUUUACGUUGUUCUCCUAUUUUUUUGUAAUCUUAAUAGUAGAACUCUAAAUACCUUAUGAAAAAGGUAAAAUCAAAACGGUUUACAUUAUAUUUAUUAAUUUAAUUUGAAAAUUCAAAAACCAACAUAGAUUUUAGGCAACUAUUUCUACUGUUUAAGACAGUAAAUUAACAAGAAAUUUGAAACAAUAAAAAUUUUAAAAAAUCGAAUAAUAAAUAAAUUAUAAAAUCUUUUAAACAUAAA